GCUGCUCGAAAGAUAGGAAAGCAAACAAAUUUCAGGCCCGCCGCGUCUAGCAAAAAUAUGAGAAAAAAAUUAUUAAAAAUUCGGAAAAUAGUUCAAAGUCAAGAAAAACACAGCAAAGGGGAUGCUGAAGCGCCCAGGUCUUAUAAAUCCGGACGAUGUUGAGGACAAAAAAACUGGAUAAGGUACCUACAUCAGCACAGAUUGGGAAGUGCGCCCCUAUCCAUGAAACUGGUCUGUCCUAAGGUGCCAUGGCCACAGGAACACAGGGCCACCUAGACCAAGGUGUGGAGAAAGCAAAGCUUGCACCACCCAUGGGGAGGCGCAGAAGAGCAGAGGGAAAGCCAAAAAGGAAUUUCCCUUGCCAGGACUGCCAGAAAGCUUUCAACAGUCUGGAGAAGUUGAAGGUGCAUUCUUACUCUCACACCGGCGAGAGACCCUACUGCUGCUCCCACCCUGGCUGCACCAAGGCUUUUGUCUCCAAAUACAAGUUGCUAAGGCAUAUGGCAACUCACUCACCAGAAAAAACCCACAAGUGUUCAUACUGUGAAAAAAUGUUUCACCGCAAGGAUCACUUAAAGAAUCACCUGCACAUCCAUGACCCAUAUAAGGAGGCGUUUGCAUGUCAGGAGUGCGGAAAGAGCUACAACACCAAGCUGGGCUUCAAGCGCCACCUUGCCCUUCACGCUGCCAAUAGUGGAGAUCUCACCUGCCAAGUGUGCCUGCAGCCAUUCCCUAAUACCGGAGUGCUUCUGGAACACCUCAAAAGUCAUGCUGGCAAGUCCUCGGGUGGGGCCAAAGAGAAAAAGCAUCACUGCGAGCAUUGCGAGCGGCGGUUUUAUACCCGUAAAGAUGUCCGGCGUCACAUGGUGGUUCACACGGGACGUAAGGACUUCCUGUGUCAAUACUGUGCUCAGCGGUUCGGGAGGAAGGACCACCUGACGCGUCAUGUUAAGAAGAGUCACCCUCAGGAACUGCUGAGGGUGAAAACUGAGCCAGCUGAUUUGCUGGAGCCUGUUGUCUAUGACUUGGUAUCCGGGGGCGUUAAGGGAGAACUCCCGGACACGCUGACAACAACGCCACAUCAGCACAACUUUUAUACCGGCCCCAUCCUGGACUCGGAGCCUUUCCCCAACGCUGCACACCUGCUCUCUUUAAAAUACCCGUUGGGCUCCAACAUUACCUCAUACACUGUCUCCUCACAGGAACGGGAGCAGAAUCUAAAGGGAGAACUGGAGAACUAUCUAUUGGAGCUACAGAGCGGCAUGCCCUCCUCGUCCUCUGCGGCACCAGAACCGCAACUCCCUAUCUGCAAACUUGAGAUGGGCGAUCGUGUGGACAUGCUGGAAGAAUCAAGUGAGGAAAGGUCCUUGUCCAAAAUUGCCACAUCGGUGGCAACAGCUGCUUUGGCAAGCGACUCACUCGCCUCGUCCUCCUCCCUGAUGGACUUCUCGCAGCUUUUCAACUUCUUACCGCUACACGGGCCCCUCUACAACCAUACAGCGGGCAGCGAGGGGCAGCAUACACUGAACGAAGAGAACGUACAUCUCCACCUGCCCCCCGAGGCCUCCGAAGGCCCAGAGGCUGUGCAGAGUCCACUUCAAAGCCAAGCCUCCUUUAUUUGCAACCUGAGCACACCCACCACAUUGCCCCGCUUCCAUCAGGCUUUUCAGUGAUCCAGGAAGGUUUGAGCAUGACACACACAUUACAUACUGUCACGUACUGAGCAGUACGUUCAUCGCAGGGGCUACAUUACAGACACGCCAGCAAUAUCUGAAAAUCCGCAUUGCAAAGAGACCGUGCAGUUUUACCACUCCCGUAUGCUUUAAACACAUUUCAACUAAUUUAAAUGCAUUUACAUUUUUAAAAACACACUAUUUUAAGUAUCCUAAGUGCCUGUUCUCACGCUCUUGCUGUCAAGAAAUGGGAAGCUAUCGUGUAACAUCACUUUUAUGACUCGCUCACCCUCCAAACCGGAGGCAAGGUGUACUUGCUUCAAGCUGUUUAUUUCUCACUCCCAGUUGAAGUGUACUGUAAAACUGAUGCGUUAUUAGGAUUCCUAAAUAGUUUCUAGGCAGAGUACACGCUGUUCCAAUAUUUCUGGCUCCAGGAGACCCACCGCUGCACUGUCAUUGGCUGUUGUAUCUCUAGAGAACACGCCCUAUUGCUUCGAGACAGGAAAAGAAGUAUGUGACUUAAGUGUGGCGGCGUUAAUAUGUUUCCGACUAACCCUAACCCACCCAAAUCCUAACCUUAACCCAUCCUAAAUCGCCUUAAACCCCAACCGUUGCUCUAAACCUAACAAUAACAAACUUUUUUUGUUUUUGUUUUUUCGUACCAAUGUGAUACAUGUUUAGGAUGGUCAUCUCGUUCCAUCUGAGCAGUCUGCCCCUCCCGUAGGAACCAAUCAUGUUCCAGCAGGGCAUGUCCUGCCUGGAAACUAUGUGGGAAUCCUAAUAAUGCAAAACUGACAUAAAAAACAAAAUCCUUCACUGAUAGGUGGGUUGUAUGGCCCCUCCCCCACUAUACAUGAACUUGGGAGCCUUCGUUCACAUCAGUGGUUAUCCGUCGCAAUUGUGAACGGCUUAGACAUUAUUACUAGGCCUAUUUAUACCGCUAUAGCAUUAAGUUAGCUAGCUAGCUAUGCCUGCACCCUGAAAAUGCAUCUUCCCGAAAUGCCACAAUUUACAGAACAGCUCGUGUUAUUAUAUCAAUUCCCAAGCGAAGAGGUGACAUCGUGGACAAGACUUUCACCUGUCCACUGGCCAAGUGAACCCCGGAAGUCUGUUAGCUUGCGAGUUAGCUGUUGGCUAGCGCCUCUCGUCAUGGCGUGGAAAGCACUGUGACCACCGGGUGAGAUAUAUUCCAGCCACCAGAGGCUUGAGCCGGAUAUAUUUUUGCUACUCAAACAUGUGUAGGCAGAAGAAAGUUAAUGGACAAAGUAUCGGCCAUUUUUCACGCAGUCAGCGGACACUCACCCAGUGUAAUUCUAAAACUUUUAAAACAGCUUCCACUUUAACACACGCAGCAGCAACACAUACAAACAUAGCGUGCAACAUUACCCACAGAUAUAUUUUCAUUCUUCUCUGUGGAAACAACCACUAUUUAGUUGGGGACCUUCUCUGCCUCUUCUUGCUCUUCUAUUAUGCUGCAUGUCUUAAGGAAAACCUCAGUGCUGCCUCCUGUCUGGCAUGUUGCAGCACAGCGUGGUACUGUACUGAAGGCACGUGGUUGUCAUUUCACAUUAUACGUUAGCAUUUAGCUAGCAGACUGUCACUAUUACAUGGUUUGGUUGACCAUUUAGUUGUUUAAAUAAACAACAUGUCGCUCUCUUUUGAGUCGUGUCAGUUGAACAGUAAACUUCAACAGAUUGCUUCAAACCAAACAACUUGAAGCAAGCAUGUAAAAACCCAUGUUAAAUGAUCAGUAAAAAAAAAAAAUAAUAAUCUGUGAUAUGUUGCGAAAGAUGAACUGCGAUAAAGCGGGGGUUCACUGGAGAUGCAAAGGAUGCAACCUUUAAGACAUUGGCACCUCUAUCCAGUCAGUAAACAAAUCAUGAUUUGGAGUUGGGAGUUCAUAAUGGAUCUCCACGCGAGCAUUUUGAUAAUAUGUUGACAAAUCAUUCCCGCAAGCAAGCUUUGUUAAUAAUUUCAAUUUACUGAAAAACAUUUACAAUAUUUUUUUACAAGAAUGCGUCUAUGGGGGGGCACCGCUGGUUUUGUACACAUUCAGCACUGUCAUUAUCUUUUCACCAUCAUUAGCAAAGCCUUGUGUCAAGAGUGCAAUAACGUUUGAGUGAAAUAAAGUAAUUUAAAUGUCUGCCGUAAACACAAUCCAACAGGAUUGCUCGACAAUUUUACAAACUGUUAUAUAAACAAAAUCAACUACAGUACAAUCACAUUCUCAUUUUAUGAAUUUGCCUUUCGGGAUGUGGAUAUUUUUCAAAAAAUAUAGACAUGAGUAAUUGCUAUGUUUUAUUAAUUUCACUUAGGCAUUCUUUGUACACCUUUUUUUUUUUGCUUGCUUGCUUGCUAGCUUUUGCAUUUGACUUAAUUUGCAGAAGGUUUCUUAAUGACCAGGCUGUAAUAUUGAUAUUGCCAUAUUUGAUAAUACUUUGAAAUCAUAGACUAAAAACGGCUGCUGACAAUUUUACUUGAUCAAGAUAAUCCAUUCCUGUAAUUCUGCUUUCACCUAUAUCAGUGCACGUGCUUAAUUCCGAUAUAUUAUUAAUAUAAUCCAAGUAAAAGCAAAAUUUCACGUGGAGGCUAAUAGCUGCCGAAACUAGAGAAUAUUCUCGGACAAAAGGUGGAAAGGAAAAAAAGGGGAGUAGUAUUUAAAAAGGCUUUCAAAUAAAUAAUAAACAACACAUUUCACAUUAUUAAGGACGGGGUACGAAGAACUACUGAAUAAUUAGUAUUAUUAUCACAGUUAUACCUUUCGAUUUCCAUUUUUAAAAGAUUUUUUUUUUUAACUUUGGCAGUUCCAAAAGUAAUGAAAUGUGUUUGAGAAGCUUUGUUAAGCUUGUUAAGUUGUCCCCUGAACCAAAGAAAAUCAAACAUGACAGCGGUAGAGCUCGCCGCUAGCUGCUGAAACAUUACUGUAGCCUGUAGGAUGUUUACAUCUCACCUCAAUCAGCUAAUUACUCUUCACCAAUAAAAUCCCUGGAAUAACUACAAUUGAUAUUUAAACAGUCCUCUCCAUCAUGCUGUUUCCAUUUUGACAUCAUGAGACUGAGACGACACUCGCCAUUGCGAUGAUUCAAACACGAUGUUCUUAGGGGGAAGUGGCCACUGACUUUAGAGUGCCACAGUGUCAUCAGCAGGUUGCAACAGAGAGACUGGAAGAGUCACAGAAAGGCAUAAAAGUUGAUUCGCGAAUCAAACAUCUUUUGUGGAUUUUGCCAUUCGGCUCCUUGUUAGAGAACAACAAGUUGUGCAAAAAGUACUAAAACACUGAACAGUUGGACAUCAGCAUUCAGUAGUUUAGAGAAGGUCAAAUUAAGUUCACCAGGAAAGACUAGAGUGCAUUUUAGUCCUGAAAUUGUAUUCAUGCUUUGAAUAUACUGCAAAACCAGAUUGUGUUAAAGAUUAAGAGAACCUAAUUAUGUUGUACAUACUUACAAAAUAACUUAAGGCAUAUAUGUCAGUCUCGAGCGCCCCUUCCCUUUCUGUUGCAGUCGUUAGCAACUAUGCUACUAGUCUCCUCGAGCAAAUUUACACUUCUCCUUACCAAAAAUGACCAAACGAAAGAUGGAAAACAGUUAACUUCCAAGACAGGUGGGAGGCAGAUGAUCUGUUCACUAAAGUAAAAGACAGACCUGUUUGUUGUGUGCGGAGCAACGUGGCUGUAACAAUGAAUAUACUAACAUAAUGGAAUGAAUGUUUUUUUUAUGCCCUUUAUCAACUCCUAGGCAGGGACUGUUAAUAGUUUGAAGUUUGGAUUUUAAUUAAAGGACAUUCUUAUUUUUUGGGAUUGUUUUGUUGUUGGCCUUUGAAAAAAGAUUUACAUGAAAAAGGUAGUUGGUGAUAAAUAAAUAGAAGAUGGAGAGACAGGAGAAUUUGUUAUCUAUUUAAAUACAAAACAACAAACAAAUACCACUGAUGUCUUUUAUCGCAAAUUUGAUUUCUCGUGUUUAUAAUAUUGAAGUUUGUUUAUUCCAGUGUUUGAGCGAAAUUUAAGUUUGUUGUCAAUGAUAAACUUUAACGCUACAUUUCUGCAGAAAAGGGAAACAUGCACAUCGCAGGGAUUUUUCAUGAAAUAUUGAGUUUGGCCCUCGACGUUGUCCCAAUUUUAAAUUUUGGCCCACUGUGAAUUUGAGUUUGACACCCCUGACUUAGUUGAUGGGUGCCACAUUUCAUCAAAACAAUAGUAAUGCUCGGUAGCUAGUAAUGUGUUGCCAGACCUGCCUUUGCUGUCAUUUGAACAACAAAUUGGCCGAUAGGAAAUUUGCUGAACAGUCAUACACUUAUCAUGAUUGAUGCCUUAGAAUUUGUAAUGUAACUUGUUUCCGAAUGGCUAAAGCAUGCCCAGCAUAUCAACCGCACUUUGUAAAUAUGAAUGUUUAAAUAAAAAAAAAAAAAAAAAAGCAAUUACAUUUCAUAGUUGAAUGUUGCCAUCAUUUAUAUAUAUAUAAAUUUAAAGCUCAAAGUUUUGCACUCGGUGUACAUGGAAUAGUUACAAAGUAAGAAAUGUAUUAGUACAAUCCAUAGAAUGUGUACAGUAUAUUAUGAGAUUUUUUUUUUUUCUAUAUUGGAAAUGUAGGUUUUUGUUUUCAAAUCAUUGCGCAUAUUAUAUUGAGCUGUCACCAUGUGUAAUAUAUUUUUGUAACCACCAUGACCUCUCGUUUGUUCCAUUCAUUCAUUACUGUUGUUCCUGUAUGAAGUAACUUAAGCCACCUUUAAAGAUGUUGUUAAGGAGACUAAAAUCUUUUUUAAAAAAUGUAUUCAAAUACAUUUGCAACCAAUUGCUAAAUCGUGAACUGGGCCUUUAGCCCACCAAUUGGUUAUAUCUCAAAAUGCAAUUCAAAAAUACUUGCAGUGUUAUUAAAACGCCGUUAAAUAAUUAUCAAAUCACUGCCUACUAGUCUGACAACAGCUUAAGGAAUAUUCACAAAGGCACUUAUGGUAUGCAAAUUGUAACAAAAAGAAAUGUAAAUGCUCAUAUAAUGAUGUAUGUAAUUGUUCCGUUUUAUACUUUGGACUGCAAAAAUGAUUUCUACUCCUCGUGUUCCUAACCAAUAACAUUGCGACAUGAAAUGCUUGACUCACAAUUAACAGUGUUAUCAUUUGCUGUACCUCACACACAUAUUUUUUUUAAUGCUUACAGUAGAUGCUUCAACAAUUCAUUUUUAAGUUGCCUUUUUUUGUGUCCAUUUCCUUUUCUCAACAAUGGGAUUUGGUGAGAUGUGCUUUUCCUAACGUAGAUUUUAAUUUGUGUUGUUUCGAAGCACUUGGAGAAGUUUGCUAUUAUUAUAAGGUUUGUGGUUUUACAAGAAAUGUUAGCAAGCCAAUUUUUCCCUCAAAACUUCAUUUCCUCUGCUUCCUUUUGUUAGAAAGUGUAGUCAUAAAUGUAUAUAUUAUAUUUAGAACAAUAACAUGGUAUUAGAGCAUGAGAUGUUUUACUUUUACAGGUACAAUUUUGACAGUGUUUUUUUUCCCAUUUUGCUUUACUUGCACAUAUGUGUCUAUUGAGGGGUCGAAAUUAAACCUUAAAUACAUUUAUUUUUCUGACAGGUUUGGAUCUCAGUGUGGCAAAAGUUGUUGAUGAAAAGUUAACAUUUUUAUUUGUGUAUUGUUUUUUUGUUUGUUUGUUUUUUCUGCCUAAAAGCUGCUAGAGGAGAAGAUUACCAAACAGCAUUUGUAGGUGGCCGGGAUGAAAGACUUAAUUGCUGGUGAUGCAAAAAAAAGCACACUUUAAAAAAAAAAAAAACAUUUGGAUGAAAUCAUUAUCAUAAAAAAUAAAAGUAGAUGCUCUCACUUCAUGCCACACCUCUUUAAAAGCCUCAGUGGUACCAGCAAAACGUUUUGAAUGUGUAUGGAAGAAACACUGCAAUAUUGCAAUAUAUUUUUUUAUUGGAUCAAGCUGCUAACAUACUUCUAAAGCUCCUUAAGGUGCUACAGACCUCUUUUAUAGUUUUAGAAUGUAUUGUUUGUUUCAAAGUAUUCAUUCUAGCAGAGCAGCUGGCAUGUGCGCGACUGAUUGUACGAUAUAUCUUCAUAUAAUUUUACUGUACUGUGACAAGUUUAGUCUUUGUUUUUACAAAUUGUAUCUCACAAACAUCCCCAUAUAUUUGCCCCCACUUGUGUCUUUUAAUAAUG